AUGUUUAAACUCACCAGAUCUCGCCAACUAGUAUUGAUUCGACUCUAUAAUAGUGCUCAAGAAAAAGACACACAAGCGGAAAAAAGACUGAAAAAGUAUUGGAAUUCAUUCAAGACCGUGGUGACUGAUCCGUCCAAGAAAUUUGCCAGUAAAAAAGUUUUAUACACCAUGGGCAUUGGCCUUGUGAUUUCUUAUUUGUACUUCAUCCAUGAAAGUCCCAGAGCCCAGGACAAAAAUAUGGCGGAUGUUUUCAAGAAGGGAAAAAUCUAUCGGGAGAUCGAUCUACCUAAACUAGUCAAACGCGAGAAUCUUGAAAAUGCACUGAAGGAGAUUUUGCAACUCUCUUUCCAAAAGUACUUUCUGAUUUCGGGCGAACAUGGGACAGGAAAAACGACCUUGGUUCAAAAUGUCAUCUUGAAUCUCCAAGAGCCAAAGGGUGUUAUCCAUUUUGAGUGUCCUUCGGAUGUGAAAGAAUUUGCAAAGAAUUUGUCAAAAUAUCUUGAUUGUCAGUUAUAUCCAUUCAAACUUCAAGAUAUUAUCAUGCAGUUGACAACCAAUGCAAUAAGGAAAGAACAAGACGGUCAUUCAGAAUACUCUAAUUGGAAUCUCUUAAGCAUGCAACUUCUCCGCACAGCGAAUUACUAUAUGAAAAAAUACAAACGCCCGAUAGUUUUGAUUCUUGAUCAAGUAGACCGCAUUGCUAAGGAUGACCCAAAAUUUCUGAGGAUACUUCAAGAUUUUGCAAAGGACUGUGCGGACAAAGGCACCCUUGUCAUUGUAUUUAUUGCGAGUGAAGGCUUGGUUCCGCAAAUUAUGAAAUCUCGCUCUGCUUGGUCGCGGGCAAGCAUCCCCUUUCAAGUUGGUGAUAUCUCAGAUGAAGAAGCCGUGAAAUUUCUGCAAGAUUCUGGUAUUGAUAAAAAAAAAGCUGAAGACGCAGUUAAAUAUCUAACAGGUGGACGGUUUACUUUAUUGAAGGACGUCCAAUUAUUAAAUCGAGUCAAUCCUGAUAAUUUUUUUGAAAAUUUGAACGCAGUGGAACUUCCUGGAAACCAUGAAUUUUUCAUAAACCUCAUCGAAGUAGAUCGUAUUGACAUCGAUAAAGCUAAAACUAUUAUACCUCUCAAGAUGAUUCAUAAACUUAUCGAGACUAAUAUUCUCAAAGAACAUGAUGACUACACUGUGUCCUUUCAUUCACGUUAUAUCGAUACCUAUUUUAAAGAGGUAAUUAUUGCUGAUGAUAUUGCGAUCCAUAAAUAUACUAACAUUGAUGAAUUUGCUUUAGGUGAAUAA